AAACCAGCUGUGGUGGAGGCACUGACUUGAAGGCAUCCUGGUAGUGCAUCAGAACUCCAGGAAAAAGUAGAAUAAGUAACAGCCAAGGUACUCAGACCAGGAACAGUCAUUGGAAGGUAGCUACCAGUUUAACAUGGACGACUGAAAGGGUCUUCUUUUUCCCACGAUCUGCCUGGUCAGGUCAGGGUAGAACUGACUGCUCUGAUAGUUCUUCAGGACACAGAUUAGAGUUUAAUCUUGGAACUGGACUUCCAGAGAAUCUAUACAUGGCAAAAAUGUAUAUGAAAUCCAAGGAUAUGGUGGAUCUGGUCAACACACAAUCCUGGAUGGACAAAGGUCUGAGCUCUCAAAAUGAGAUGAAGGAGCAAGAGAGAAGACCAGGCUCUUAUGGAAUGCUCGGAACCUUAACUGAAGAGCAUGACAGUAUUGAGGAGGAUGAAGAAGAGGAAGAAGAUGGAGAUAAACCUAAAAGAAGAGGUCCCAAGAAAAAGAAGAUGACUAAAGCUCGCCUUGAAAGGUUCAGGGCUCGAAGAGUCAAGGCCAAUGCUAGAGAACGGACCCGGAUGCAUGGCCUGAAUGAUGCCUUGGAUAAUCUUAGGAGAGUCAUGCCAUGCUACUCUAAAACUCAAAAGCUUUCCAAGAUAGAGACUCUUCGACUGGCAAGGAACUACAUCUGGGCCUUGUCUGAAGUCCUGGAGACUGGUCAGACACUUGAAGGGAAGGGAUUUGUAGAGAUGCUAUGUAAAGGUCUCUCUCAACCCACAAGCAACCUGGUUGCUGGAUGCCUCCAACUGGGGCCUCAAUCUACCCUCCUGGAGAAGCAUGAGGAAAAAUCUUCAAUUUGUGACUCUACUAUCUCUGUCCACAGCUUCAACUAUCAGUCUCCAGGGCUCCCCAGCCCUCCUUAUGGCCAUAUGGAAACACAUCCUCUCCAUCUCAAGCCUCAACCAUUUAAGAGUUUGGGUGACUCUUUUGGGAGCCAUCCACCUGACUGCAGUACCCCCCCUUAUGAGGGUCCACUCACACCACCCCUGAGCAUUAGUGGCAACUUCUCCUUGAAACAAGAUGGCUCCCCUGAUUUGGAAAAAUCCUACAACUUCAUGCCACAUUAUACCUCUGCAAGUCUAAGUUCAGGGCAUGUGCAUUCAACUCCCUUUCAGACUGGCACUCCCCGCUAUGAUGUUCCUGUAGACCUGAGCUAUGAUUCCUACUCCCACCAUAGCAUUGGAACUCAGCUCAAUACGAUCUUCUCUGAUUAGAGCAAUAAGAUAAGCACCAACAUUUCAGAGAAUGAAGUGGAGAAGUUUUCCACAUUUCUAGUGGCUGAGAUAAACUCUCAGAAAAUUUAAAAGAACCUUUUGAUAUGCAUCAAACACAAUAGUCCUAGUUUGUUCAGAACUUCCUGUACCUGCUAACUUUCUUCCCAUUAACUUCUCACAUUGGACCAAACCUACAUUUGGUAAACUUAAGUGAACAUAUUUGAUGGUUUGAGGCCACGUGGUAAUAGAACAGAAAGCCCAGGCCCUGUUCCAAUGGUGCCAAAGACUAACUGAAUGCUCUGCCAAUUAACUUUCCAUUUCCAGUGUUUUUAUUGCUUUCUGAUAAACAUGAAGCAACUGUUCUAAAUCAACAUCUACCUUUCACCUACCACACAUUUUUAAAAUUAAAAAGCAAUCAAAGCAAAUAGCAUAAAUGGAAUGAUUAUACAGAACUGGAAGGAGCAUCAAGUACAUGUCUGUUGGCUUAUAGAAUACAAAAUUUGUGUGAAUUUGACAAAUCAUCUUUGUGUCUAUUUAAAUAUAACUUCCAGAGCCUAAAAUAAUAACUUGGAUGUUACCAUAAAUAACCAGUAUGUUCUUUAAGAGAUUAGCUCUAUUUAUUACUGUGCUGAAAGGUAUACACACCCUUUUUAGUGAUUGCAAAACCAUGAUAGAAGCCUCACACAAACUUUAUUCUUGAUACUAUUUAAAAAACAACUGUCUUAGUACUAGGAGACAAGCAAGAAAGACAUUGAAAUUUCUCUUCUGGCACACAGAAAUAUCACCUAGCUCAUUUCUUAGCUUCCAUGACUAAAGGGCUGUGGAAUUUUGCAGGUAUUCAGGUGCUUCAGUUAGAAUCAGAACUCAGCCAGGUUCAUACUGUAGAGCAAUAAAAUGGUGGUUGGCUGCCAUCCCAACUAACACAGUUAAAGAACUCUGUCUCACACAUAGCCACUGGAAAAAUGUGGAUAUUCUCCAGCAAGAUGAAUUUUACUGUUUAAAGCAAUGCGAUUAAAGCCAUAGAGUUUCGUCCACUCCAGUAUCAUAUAUUCCAGAACUGUUGUAAUCAAUCUUGAAUUCUUACAACAUAAAUGUAACUCCUUACUUCCCACUUACCACUGAUUGUUAUAUUGUCUUCAUUUCCAAGAUAUUAUGCAAUUAUAUGCAAAAUUUUGAUUAGAAUCAAAAUUAAUAGUCAAUGAAUCUGUCUGUAUCUUCAGGACGGGUUUUGAUCAGUUUUAAGAAAGUUUAUUUUUCUUUAUGUGGCAUCUCUUUUCUUUGUAUCCACACUGGUUCAGCCAAGUUUCUCUUCUCCAGAGAAAUUAGCUCUGAGAAAUUUUACUAUCAUGAUCCAUCUUCCACAGAAAUUAUUUAGGUUCAACUCAAGAGUAUACAUAGUUUAUUUAUAGUGGGUGAGGAUACACCUCCAAGAAUAAAUUUUAACAACAUUAAUGACAGAUGAAUAUGCCAUUUUAUCUACCAAACUAUAUAUGUAUCUCUUUUCUUUAUUGCCCUUAUUUAUUUCUUCACACUGUGAGUUAUUUUGUGUCCAUCUUAUUGCAGCACUUACUCUGCUCUACUUUGCACCUUUGGCUUAUAAAUAUGUUUAAAAGUCUGUAAAGACGUCUUAAACAACUCGUGACAGUAAUUCACCACCCCUAAGACCUUGAAUCACCCCAGUGGAAAUAGGCAAGGAGAAUUAUUUAUAGAAUCAUCCUAUGUAAUUUUUUGAGAAUUUGCUCUACCUAGCAUUUAUGAUUAUAGAUAAUUGCUAUCUGCAUUAUUUAUUAGGUUCUAUUUAUUUAAUUUAUCUUUCUUUCUUUUUAUGUAAAAAUUUGUGCCCCAUAGAUAUAGCCUCAAAGCUUUACUGGGAAACUAGCUUAUACGUUUGGAGUGAGAGAAAAGGAGAAAAUCAGUUCUUGAUUUUUUGCAAUGGUUUUAUAAAACAGAGUAAUAAAAUUUGAAUAGCUGUGCAACUUAGUGGUUUUAGAAUUUUUCCUUUAAGGUGCAACAGAGUUACAUUAUUAUUUAUGACUUUGGAGAAUAUAGUACAUGUGAACCAGGACUGUAGGCUUGUGAAGAGAGAUUUUAUAAUUAAAUACAAAUUUAGUACUGUACUAUGCUUGGAAAGAACUUGUUCUUUAAAUAAUGUUUAGUCUUCUGGGAGUGUUUUCAGAUAAAAUGAAGCAAUUGUUUAAAAAGAAAUGCCUGUUUUCCCUCCCUUUUCUAGUAGCAAUAAAGCUUUGAGUGUUAUUA